GGUGCUCCAUGGCAGUGCCACAGGCGGCUGGCACCCAGCUCAGGAGGUGACCGGAUGCCCGUGAAGCGCACGAGGAGCAGCGCGUCGGUUGAUGCUGCGAGACAUGGUGCAGCGACCACGGAGAAGGAUGGGGCUGAAGCCCCCUGCCCCGGCAGCCCUCGCGGUGCUGCUGGCCCUGGCCCUGCUGGCCCUUGCCCGCCUUCCCCCCCCACCAAAUCACUCCCCACACCCGCUGCCAGCAUCGUCCCCCCCAGCCCCAUGGCGGGAGGUGGCUGUCCCCCUAUCCAGGGGACGAGCCCCCAGUGGAAGGGUCCCUGUACCCUCCCCUCGCCUGCGGCAGGACCAGCCCCAUGGCCGGGGCAGGAGGCGGCGGCGGCGGGGGGCAGCAAGGGAUGCUCCCCCAUGGCUCUCUGAUGAUGACCUCCAGAAGAUGCAGCUCCUGGCCAGGGGAAAGGUGGUCUCCAAAACCCGCAUCCCAGCCCACGGGCAGGUCCUGUGAGUGGGACUGCGGGCCAUAGGGGAUGCUGAAGGGGACACCACGCCAGGAAGGGACUGCCAGGACGGGUGCUGUGGGCUCAUCAAGCGCCCAGGGGACCUCUACGAGGUGCUGGCUUUCCACCUGGACAGGGUGCUGGGGCUGAACCGCAGCCUGCCCGCCGUGGCCCGGCGCUUCACCAGCCACCUCCUGCCCUACAGCUACACCGACGGCUCCCCACGACCCAUCAUCUGGUGGGCGCCUGACCUCCAGCACCUGGAGGAUGCCAACAACGACCAGAACUCCUGCGCCCUGGGGUGGCUGCAGUACCAGGAGAUGCUGCGGCUCCAUGGACCGAUGCCAGCGGCUGGGGAUGCUCCCUGCUCCAGCAUCCCACGUGGCGAGUGGAGCCGCCUGGCCCUCUUCGACUUCCUCCUCCAGGUUCAUGACCGCCUGGACCGCUACUGCUGUGGAUUUCAACCCGAUCCCUCCGAGCCCUGCGUGGAGGAGAUGCUCCAUGAGAAGUGCCGAAACCCAGCCGAGCUGGUCCUGGUGCACAUCCUGGUCCGGAGGAGCGCGCCGUCCCGCCUGGUGUUCAUUGACAACGCAGGCAAGCCACAGCACCCAGAGGAGAAGCUCAACUUCAGGCUCCUGCAAGGCAUAGACAGCUUCCCCGCGGCGGCCGUGGCCACGCUGCGGUCGGGCCGGUUGCAGAGCCUGCUGCUGCAAUCACUGCGCGUGGACCGGGAGCUCUGGGAGAGCCAGGGUGGUGCCGAGGGCCUGAGGCCCCUGCUCCGGACCAUCGAGAGGCGGGCACGCAUCCUGCUGCGGCACAUCCGGGAGCACAGCCUGACGGUGUUUGAGGACUCGCCGUGCUGA